UGGUGUAAUCUCUAUAUAGCGUUCCAACCCGAAUUCUUGGAGAUAAACUUUUGACAGCCUAUAAAUAUGGGGUUCUUCCACUAAAAACCGCAAGUCAUUCUUCAGCCUUUGAAGUAGGCAUAUCGAAAGUGUUUAUAGUCUUGAAAAAAACAACGACCGGGCAUCGCGGAAUGGAUGUCCUGAAUGUGAUUACGGGUUUGGCUAUAGUGGCCUCACUCAUUUAUUUGUACGUUGCGAGAUUGCAAACAUACUGGACCCGAAGGAAUGUACCACACUUGAAACCGGAAUUUUUCUACGGAAACACCAAAACCCUGGACCGCACGGAACAGAUUGGAUUGUUAUUUGCGCGUUUCUACAAAGAGCUGAAAGGUUUGGGCCCAAUCGCAGGAGUGUACAUGUACGCCAAACCGGUUGCGGUAGUGACCGAUUUGGACCUGGUUCGCAACAUAAUGGUGAAAGAUUUCCAGUACUUCACGGAUCGAGGGAUGUAUUUAAAUGAAAAAUCAGAUCCACUGUCAGCUCACAUGUUCAGUUUACCCGGUGCCAAAUGGAAGGAACUAAGACAGAAACUGACGCCCACGUUCACUUCCGGAAAGAUGAAAAUGAUGUUCGGCACAAUUAUGGUGGCGGCAAAACAGUUUAACGAUUUUUUAGGUGAAAAGGUCGGACAGGAAGCUGAGAUUGAGUUGAAGGAUCUGCUGGCCCGUUUCACAACGGAUGUGAUUGGAAUGUGUGCAUUUGGAAUCGAAUGCAACACAAUGAAGGAUCCUGAAGCUCAGUUCCGUACGAUGGGGAGAAAGUUUUUCAAUGACCAACGAGGUUUUGUCAAAAAUGUGUUUCACAAUUUUGCUCCGGAGUUAGCCAAAAAAAUGGGAGUUAGAGUGACUGAUAAAGAAGUGUCCGACUUUUUCCUUGGAACCGUACACGAAACCAUUGACUUCAGAGUGAAGAACAAUAUUAAGAGGAAUGAUUUUAUGGAUUUACUAAUUCAGAUGAGAAAUCCCGAUGAGAAGAAAAGCGGUGAAGGGUUGUUGUCCUUUAACGAAAUUGCUGCUCAAGCAUUUUUGUUCUAUGCAGCUGGAUUUGAAACUAGUUCGACAUUGCUAACUUGGACACUGUACGAACUGUCGUUGAAUCAGGACGUUCAAGAAAAGGGUCGCCAACAUGUUUUGGAUGUUUUGUCCAAACAUGAUGACCAAAUAACGUACAAUUCUGUGAACGAUAUGACAUAUUUGGAAAACAUUUUGAAUGAGGGUCUUCGCAAAUAUCCCCCGGUUCCGGUUCACUUCCGCGAAGCUAUCAAAGACUACCAAGUGCCAAACACGAAAAUCGUCAUCGAAGCAGGCACUCGAGUCAUUAUUCCCGUGUUCGGAAUCCAAAACGACCCGGAAGUAUUUCCAGAGCCAGAGCGGUUCGACCCUGAUCGAUUUGAUCCUGGACAGAUAAAGGAAAGACACUCGUUUGCGUGGACACCAUUUGGGGAGGGUCCCCGCAUUUGCAUCGGACUUCGAUUUGGGAUGUUGCAGGCUAAAAUAGGUUUAAUCCACCUACUGAAGAGCUAUAGAUUUUCCAUUGGUGAGAAGUGCAAAGUUCCUAUUGGUUAUCAUCCUCAGAGCAUCAUUCUCUGUCCUGUAGGAGGACUUUGGUUGAAAGUGCAAAAAGUUUGAGAUGGAGAAACGACGAAUCAAUUAGUUUACAUUAGUGGGUCAUAACUGAUUGGGUUGCAGUAAUAAACAACCGAUUAUUACGAUGA